UCGGCGACGAUCAUGUUUCAGUCCUGUAAAUAUGAGACAUAUUGAAAUAUUCUUCUUGUGUUUCCUAUCAACCAGUAACCUCACGGACUAAUGGGGCUUAUACUGCUGAGCCUGAUUCUCCGGUACUGGAUCAACACCGUGGAGGGGUCAUGUUCAGCUGGCAGCACUGUGACUUGUGACCAGUGUCUGCAGCUCAGUCCUCACUGUGCCUGGUGCACACAGGAGAAUUUCACAGACUGGUUUUCAGUCAGCGAAAGAUGUGGCACAUUGGAUAUCUUACUAGAGAAGGGAUGUGCCAGGGACCAGCUGGAGUUCCCUGUCUCCAAAGGCCAAAUCCUCCAGGAUCACCCACUCGGGAAGAAGAUGGGCAACACUAACAGCACUCAGAUCUCCCCACAGAAAAUGGCCCUCAAGCUGCGAGCUGGCAGUCAGGUGACUUUCCAGGUCAAGAUUCAACACACAGAGGACUAUCCUGUGGACAUGUACUACCUGAUGGACCUGUCAGCAUCCAUGAUCGAUGAUCUGGAGAUGAUCAAAGGCUUGGGCUCCUCUCUCUCCAAAGAGAUGGUUAACCUCACCAGUAAAUUUCGCAUGGGCUUUGGCUCUUUUGUUGAGAAACCCGUCCUGCCUUUCAUCAGGAUCACAGAGGAAGAGCUGGCCAACCCCUGCAGCAGUGUAGGUUCAAACUGCCUGCCAGCGUUCGGCUACAAACACGUCUUGUCUCUGACGAGCAGCACUGACAAGUUCAACGAGAUCAUCGCAAUGCAGCGCGUAUCUGCGAAUAUUGAUUUGCCAGAGUGUGGUUUUGACGCUGUCAUGCAGGCAGCUGUUUGUGGGGACAAGAUUGGCUGGAGGAAUGAUUCGAUGCGUUUGCUGGUGUUUGUCAGUGAUGCUGACUCACACUUUGGGAUGGACAGUAAAAUGGCUGGCAUCGUGAUUCCCAACGACGGGCAGUGUCACCUGGAUGUCAACAACGAAUACGCCAUGUCCACAGUGCAGGAGUAUCCAACUCUUGGUCAGCUGAUUGAUAAGGUGGUGGAAAACAAUAUCUUACUGAUAUUUGCUGUGACAGAAGAACAGAAACACAACUAUAAGAAAUAUGCAAAUCUCAUACCUGGCGCCACAGUUGGAGUCCUGGCGACAGACUCGCGAAACAUCCUGGAACUGAUAGUAACAGCAUACAAAGAGCUGCGUUCAGAGAUCGAACUGGAGGUCCUGGGAGACACAGAGGAGCUGCAGAUGUCCUUCACAGCCAUUUGUCCAAAUGGGACUGUCCACCCUAACCUAAAACACUGCUCCAACAUCAAACCAGGACAGAUGGUAGUGUUCAAUGUGUCUGUCGAGCUAUCAGGAUGCCUGUCGGGAGUUCGGCACUUCUCCCUCAAACCGGUGGGCUUACAGGACAGUUUGGAGGUGGAACUGGAGUCUCUUUGCUCGUGUGACUGCCCGCAGCUGCCUGAAGCAAACAGCAGCCAGUGCACCGAGGGCCAAGGGGCUUUCCAGUGCGGCGUGUGCGUAUGUCAGCCGGGGUUCCUGGGAGCACACUGCGAAUGCAAUGAGGAGAGCGCUUUGUUGAGUAAAUGCCUCGCAAACAAUGAGUCUGAGAUAUGCAGUGGGCAAGGGCAGUGCUAUUGUGGACAGUGUGUGUGUCAUCCAUCCAGCUUUGGCCGCAUCUACGGGCCUUACUGCGAGUGUGACAAUUACUCCUGUGUUCGUUUCCGCGGGGAGCUCUGUGGAGGCCACGGAGUGUGUGACUGCGGCAAGUGUCACUGUCAAAGUGGUUGGACAGGGGAGUAUUGUAACUGCAGCACCAGCACAGAAGCGUGCAUGUCGGAGGAGGGCACACUCUGCAGCGGCAGGGGGACAUGUGAGUGCGGCCACUGUGUCUGCUCUGUGUCUGGGGCAUCUGGGGACAAGUGUGAAAAGUGCCCAACAUGCGGGGAUGCCUGCAGCUCUGCAAGGACCUGUGUGGAGUGCCAUCUCCAAGAUAAGGGUGAUGCUGAGUUUUGUGAAGAAAGGUGCAGCGUUCCGAAAAUUUCCAUCAACACAACAGCAGAUUAUAACAAGAGCCCUUCUAUGCCGUGCACGCUGAUGACGGAGAAUGAGUGCUGGAUCUCCUUUAAUGUGGUAGGAGGUGAGACAGGGACCACUGCCUACAAUCUCCAGAUGUACGGUUGCCCAGAGCCUCCUAACAUCCCUAUGAUUAUUCUGGGAGUCUCCCUCUCCAUAGUGUGUAUCGGCCUCAUCCUGCUGGGCGUGUGGAAGGUGCUGGUGUCGGUCCACGACCGUAAAGAGGUGGCCAAGUUUGAGGAUGAGAGGGCAAAGGCAAAAUGGCAGACGGGCACCAACCCUUUGUUCAGAAGCUCAACAUCUACUUUCAAAAAUGUAACUUAUAAGAGCACAGAGAGAGAAAAGAUUAUUACAGUGGAUCACUACUGAUGAAAAACUGGAGGCAAUGCAAACCAACAUCUGAGUGCACUUAAGUGUGUGUGUGUGUGUGUGUGUGUGUG